AUGUCAGCAGAAGUGCCCAAGUGUUCAAUUGAAGAGUACCUGAUGUUCUUCAGGCACUGCACUAAGAGAUCUGCAGCUCAAUGGCAAGUGGUGGUCAGAAGGACCUAUCCUUGGUUGCAGCAUGGAUUCAAACUGUUUAAGAAGGAACCAAAAGAAGCAGCGGCCAGAAUAGACUUUAGGAAGAAGUUCCUGAGCGUGACUUUGCCCCGGGACCUGCCCUUUGGUGGUGGGAAGCCUCAAAACUAUCAUUUGGGGGCAGAGGUGUACCAUCUCAACUUCUGUGCAAUGCAACUUGGCUGCGCUCAGCUUAUUCCACUCAAAUCAUACAGAAGCUGUAAUCGGACCACUUUCUCGAUAGAUUCAAAUGAUCUGGAAGUUCACAAGGACUGCAGGUGCUCUGUGAACAAGAUCAACAAUAGUGUGGAUGCUCAUUAA